GAGCUUCUGCGCUUGGCUGUUAGGCGGCGCCAUCUUUAGCUCCGGGACGCAGCCUCCGCUGGUGAGAAUCGGAGUCGGUGGCGUAGACUCUGGCAGCGUCGGGCGACUUGGGACCUGGCUCGGCGCUUCGGAGACCUGGACGCGGUGGCUCGGCGAGCUGCGGACCAGAGCAUCCUGAUGGAGCGGCUCGAGACAUUUUAGUGCACAUCCUACGCAUAGAAUUCCUGCAGAAAAUGCUGUGUACAGACGGGGAGCGGUGGCUCACACCUGUAAUCCUAGCACUCUGGGAGGCCAAGCAGGUUGAGGGAGCUGCAGUUCCAGAGAGCUGCAGUUCCAGAAGGAACCUGUGGUCAGUGGACUGUCCUCUAUGAUGCCAAUGAGUGAUCUAAAGAAACUUUUCAGCAAAAAUGGAAAGAGGUAAUUUCAAUUUCAUCAGGAUUACCACCUUCAUCUUCAAUUGCCUAAAGAGAAGGCACAAGUAAAGUUGACCAAAGUCAGCACACAGCCUGACUUUCACAGAACCUUCAGAGUUUCAGAAGUCUCAAAGUUUCCCAGGUUGGGAAAUCUGAAUUUAGAACUGGGCCCGGGAGUUACACACCUAAUCUGUUCUAGCAGCAAAGAAAAUCUCCCCUCCUCCUGGAAGCCAGUGAAGGAACUGGACUUCUGUCCUGGGAUAAAGGAAAAGCACAACCACAAAGACCUUCACCCUCUUACUGCGGACAUUCAAUUCUGAAACAUCACCAGAAGUAUAGAAAAAAUGAUACGUCACAGAGGAAAAGUGUUCCAUUUCCAACAUUUGCUUUUUUGCCCUUCCUGGAAAUAUAAACCAAGCAAUGGACACCAUCUACAUAUGUGGCAGACAUGGGAGAUAAACCGAAGGCAGUUAAAGAAGAAGGUCAAGAUCCUGAUGAAAUUGGCAUCGAGUUAGAAGCCACAAGCAAAAAGACAUCAAAGAGAUGUGCUAAAGGACAGAAGAUGGAGGAGGAAGGCACAGAAGAUAACGGCCUGGAAGAAGACCCCAGAGAUGGGCAGGAGGACGUGGAAGCGAGCCUGGAGAACUUGCAGAGUAUCGAUAUGAUGGACAUUAGCGUGCUAGAUGAGACUGAAGGCGAGAAUAGCAGUUCUCCAGAUUUUGGGGAGGAUGGUGCUGACAGCAUUCUCGAUUCCCUGUGUGACAGUAAAGAAUACGUGGCGGCGCAACUGAGACAGCUUCCGGCUCCACUCCCAGAGCAUGCUGUGGAUGGGGAAGGAUUCGAGAACACUCUGGAAACUUCAUCAUUGGACUUCAAAGUAACUCCAGAUAUUGAAGACCCUCUGUUGGAGCCAGAAAAUGAGAAAAUACUCGACAUUUUGGGGGAAACUUGUAAAUCUGAGCCAGUAAAAGAAGAAGGUUCCGAGCUGGAGCAGCCAUUUGCACAGGAUACAAGUAGCGUGGGGCCAGACAGAGAGCUCGCGGAGGAAGAGGACCUUUUUGACAGCGCCCAUCCGGAGGAGGGUGAUUUAGAUUUGGCCAGCGAGUCAACACACGCUCAGUCGUGCAAGGCAGACAGCCUGUUAGCGGUAGUGAAAAGGGAGCCCGUGGAGCAGCCAGGCGAUGGCGAGAGGAUGGACUGUGAGCCUGUAGGGCUAGAGCCGGCAGUUGGGCAGAGUAGCGCAGCCUCCGAGCACGCGGAGGCCUGUAGCGAAGAGGUCGCGGAAGCGCCCGCAGAAGCCCCAAGUCCAGAAGGCAGAGAUAGCAAAGAAGACGAGAAGAAGUUUGAUUUUGAAGCUUGUAAUGAAGUCCCUCCAGCUACUAAAGAGUCCUCAACCAGUGAGGGCGCUGAUCAGAAAAUGAGCUCUUUUAAGGAAGAAAAAGAUAUAAAGCCAGUCAUUAAAGAUGAAAAAGGUCGAGGCAGCAGCAGUUCUGGUAGGAACCUGUGGGUCAGUGGACUGUCCUCCACAACUCGGGCAACUGAUCUCAAGAACCUUUUCAGCAAAUAUGGAAAGGUUGUUGGGGCCAAGGUGGUAACCAACGCCCGCAGUCCUGGGGCUCGGUGCUACGGAUUUGUCACCAUGUCCACAUCUGACGAGGCUACCAAGUGCAUCAGCCAUCUGCACAGAACGGAGCUGCAUGGAAGAAUGAUCUCCGUAGAGAAGGCCAAAAAUGAGCCUGCUGGGAAAAAGCUAUCCGACAGAAAAGAGUGCGAAGUAAAAAAGGAAAAAUUAUCCAGCGUUGACAGACAUCAUUCUGUGGAGAUCAAAAUUGAAAAAACUGUAAUUAAGAAGGAAGAAAAGAUUGAGAAGGAGGAAGAAAAACGACUGGAAGACAUUAAAAAGGAAGAAAAAGACCAAGAUGAGCUGAAACCAGGACCUACAAAUCGGUCUAGAGUCACCAAAUCAGGAAGCAGAGGAAUGGAACGGACAGUGGUGAUGGAUAAAUCGAAAGGAGAGCCUGUCAUUAGUGUGAAAACCACAAGCAGGUCAAAAGAGAGAAGCUCCAAGAGUCAGGACCGAAAGUCGGAAAGCAAAGAGAAGAGAGACAUCUUGUCAUUUGAUAAAAUCAAAGAACAGCGGGAGCGGGAGCGCCAGAGGCAGCGCGAGCGGGAGAUCCGAGAGACCGAGCGCCGGCGGGAGCGGGAGCAGCGGGAGCGGGAGCAGCGCCUCGAGGCCUUCCACGAGCGAAAGGAGAAGGCGCGCCUGCAGCGCGAGCGCAUGCAGCUGGAGUGCCAGCGGCAGCGGCUGGAGCGCGAGCGCAUGGAGCGGGAGCGGCUGGAGCGCGAGCGCAUGCGCGUGGAGCGCGAGCGCAGGAAGGAGCAGGAGCGCAUCCACCGCGAGCGUGAGGAGCUGCGGCGGCAGCAGGAGCAGCUGCGCUACGAGCAGGAGCGGAGGCCCGUGGUGCGGCGGCCCUACGACCUGGACCGGCGAGAUGAUGCCUAUUGGCCGGAAAGAAAACGCAUGGUGAUGGAGGACAGAUACCGCGCCGACUUCUCCCGGCCGGAUCACCGCUUCCACGACUUCCACCAUCGUGAUCGGGGCCAGUACCAGGACCAUGCCAUCGACAGGAGGGAAGGUUCAAGGCCAAUGGUGGACGAGAGAGACGGGCAGCACUACUCAGAUGACCGCCAUGGCCACGGAGGACCCCCAGAGCGACAUGGCCGGGACUCCCGUGAUGGCUGGGGGGGCUAUGGCUCCGACAAGAGGCUGAGCGACGGCCGGGGGCUGCCUCCUCCACCCAGGGGUGGCCGGGACUGGGGAGAGCACAGCCAGAGGCUGGAAGAGCAUCCAGCACGCGCCUGGCAGGGCACCAUGGACGCAGGCAUGGCAGGCCGGGAGCACACAAGGUGGCAAGGUGGUGAGAGAGGGCUGUCGGGGCCCUCGGGACCAGGGCACGUGGCCGGCCGGGGCGACGUGGCGGGGCGAGGCGGCUUUGCACAAGGUGGACAUUCCCAAGGCGAUGUGGUGCCGGGUGGCGGACUGGAAGAUGGCGGAGUGGCCAGCCAGGACCGGGACAGCAGAGUCCCGCACCCCCACCCCCAUCCCCACCCCCACCCGUACCCCCACUUCACCCGCCGCUACUAGGCCCGCUCCCUGCGAGUUUUCAGGUAGGCAGACGCACUGUCGAAUCUCUUAGCCAGAGUUCUCUUGAACUUGUGGAAUCUUUUAAAACACAAGCAAAUUCUGCCACCGUGUUGUAGCGCGACACAAUGUGAACUCACUUUUUUUUUUAAAUAAAUGGUGUUCUUGUUCUGCCAUUUUUAAGACAAGGUUUCUGUUAACGAGGCAUUCCAUUUUCCAUUAAUAAAGUUUACGAUUCGCAUC